AUGAAGUCGGCAUUGCUCUGGGCGGUGCAGCUCUCGCUGCUGGCAGGCCUCGGUGCCUCUCGCAGAAACGUCGAGCAGGUCUUGAGCAUCCCUACAGGAUGGACAAAGUUCCAGGAUGUCGUCAACCCUGCGCGUCACAUGCGGCUGUCGAUUGCCCUGCGGCAACCCAACAUUGAUCAAUUGGAGGCCAAGAUGACAGAAAACGACAAUCGGCUGUCGUUGGAGGAAAUCCAGCAGCUGCAGGCCCCUGAUCAAAAGGAUGUUGACGCCGUGCUACAGUGGCUGUCUCAGAAUAACCUCAAGGGCGUUGUCGACAACAACUUCAUCCACGUCACGACGACCGUGGCCCAAGCCGAGCCCUUGCUGGGGAUGAAGGUGAGCCGCUUCGCGUACAAGGAUAAGAAGCCGGUGCUGCGAACCACAAAGUACACGGUGCCCGACUCUGUCGCCGGCUCCAUCAGCUUCAUCCACCCCCUGGCCAACUUCAUGACUGCUCGCCACGGGCCAGAGCCGCUGUCUGCACCGCCAAAGCCUGCGUCCAAAGCCGCUGCCGCCGACGAGGAUAACAUCAUAUAUUGCCCUGGCAGCGUCACGCCCUCGUGCCUUUCCCAGCUCUACAACAUUUCAUCAUAUAAGCCUGCCGACAACAACUCGCCCGUCAUCUUUGGCGUGGCUGGGUUCCUCGAGGAAAACGCCAACCUCCAGGAUCUACAGCAGUUCCUCAACUCGACCGCGCCCAACGUCGCCCAGACAGGAAAAUCCAUCACCGUUGAGCUGGUCAAUGGCGGCGUCAACUCGCAAGACCUGGCCGAGUCUGGCCAUGAAGCGGCGCUGGACGUGGACUACGCCGUGUCUGUGGGCUUCCCUACAAACGUCACAUACUACGCUACAGGUGGACGAGGCGUCAAGCUGGACGACAACGGACAGCCCAUCUCGGGCGAAGACGACGACAACGAGCCCUAUCUGGAGUUCUUCAGAUACCUGCUGGCCAAGCCUGACCACCAGGUGCCCCACGUCCUGUCGUUGUCAUACUCUGACGACGAGUUGUCCGUGCCUCGAGAAUACGCCAAGCACGUCUGCAGCCUGUUUGGCCUUCUCACGGCCCGUGGAACGUCCAUCAUCUUCUCAUCUGGCGAUGGCGGCGCUCGAGGCGGCCGCGACUCAUCUUGCCUCACCAACGAUGGCACCAAGCGCCCCGUCGCAAUGGCAACUUUCCCUCCUACCUGUCCGUGGGUGACUUCUGUCGGUGCCGUCACCAAUGGUGCAGAGCCGCCAUCCGGAGCGAGCUUCAGCACCGGUGGCUUCUCCCAGUACUUUGCCCGGCCGCAUUGGCAGGACAGCUCUGUCAAGAACUACGUCCAGGCGCUCAACGGCCGACUGGACGGCCUGUACGACCCAUCCAUGCGCGCCAUCCCUGACAUCUCCGCGGUUGGCACUUCCUUCAUGAUCAUUGCGGGCGGAAUCCCGCGCUUCUUGCAGGGCACCAGCGCGAGCGCUCCAGUGUUCGCCUCGAUGGUUGCGCUCAUCAACGAUGCCCGUUUGCGCGCUGGCAAGAGAUCGCUGGGAUGGCUGAACCAGCAUCUGUACUCUAACAAGGUCAAGGGCGUUUUGCAGGACAUUACGGUGGGAAAGAGCCUUUCGUGCGUGUUUAACGAUACGGAGGUGCCAGGAGGAUGGCCGGCGGCGCCAGGAUGGGAUGCCAUUACUGGGCUGGGCGUACCCAAGGAGUUUGACAAGUUCUUGAAGAUGCCUACGCAGCACGUAGAACCCGAGACUCAUGGCCUGCUGCAGGAGGUUGCCAACUCGCUGCUCAAGGCGCGAAAGGUGGUGGUUGUCACCGGCGCCGGCAUCAGCACCAACUCAGGCAUUCCGGAUUUUCGCUCCGAGAAUGGGCUCUACUCACUCAUCCAGGCUCAAUUCGACGCUGCCAGCCAGCCUACGCGAUCGACCGACCGAUUCAAGACCGACGGCGACGGCAACGGCAACGGAGACGGCGGAGAGGAGCCUCGCCCGACGAAACGUAGGAAGGUGUCGCGGGAGCCCUCUCCGGACCUGGACGAGGUUGAUCGGCAGCUAAAUGAGGACAUCAAGGCGCGCGCCGAGGCUGAGAUGCCGGCAGCGUCGAGUCAAGCCGCCGACACGCAGCAAGCCGUGGCCGCAUCAGAUCCAAACGCGUCGGAGAAUGGAUGCUUGAGCACUCCGCGUCCCAAGCCCGCGCUUCCUUCCACGCCCAAGCCGACAACGACAUCACCUCUGUCCUCUCCGCCAAGGGAAGAGUUUAUGCUUCCCCUCCCAUUAGCAUCAUCCUCAUUGCGAGCCGAAGAUCGCGAACGCAUUGCGGGCGUCUCUCAGAACAUAGUUUCGUCUCCUCUAUCUUCACCGCCACCGGUGCUUUUUGAUCCAUUCCACCCGUCCUCUCCUUCAGAUGAAAACAUGAGCCGCCGCAGCAGCACCACGCCGUCGGAAGUCGACGAGAUGCGGGACUUACCAAACGCCAUGCCGGCCUCACAGGCAUCAAAUCCCGGAAAGACGACCCUUCCCAACAUGAAGGGCAAGGACCUCUUUGACGCCUCGAUAUGGUCGGAUCCUACGAGAACUUCCGUCUUUUACCAGUUCGCAACGUCUCUACGACAAAAGGUCCGCGAGGCCGAACCUACCAGCUCACACAAGUUCAUCGGCCACCUCAGGGAUCGGGGCAAGCUGGUGCGGUGCUAUACGCAAAACAUUGACCAGAUUGAAGAAAAGGUUGGCCUGUCGACGUCUCUGCUGGCCGGGCCGGGCAGUCGAGGUCGCUUCUCGCGCAAGUCAACAGCAAACGCGGCACAGCUAAACAAGAUGGUGGAAGAAGUAUCAUCCAGCGGUGAAGGCGGAAACGCUGGCGAUGUUGGCGCGUCUAGCCAAUCACCACCAAACGGGUCGAGUGAGCAAACGCCUGCAGACCAGCGGCAGACAUCAUCCCAGCCCAAUGGUAAGACGGAAGAGGACGAAACUACUACUAGCAGUACUACUACACCGCCAGAUCAACAGCCCAAGCCGGCCCCGAGAAAGGAGGUGCCGCCGCUGCGGUCGGGUGUGGAGUGCGUCUUCUUGCAUGGCUCUCUGCAGCUUCUACGAUGCUUCCUCUGCGGGCAGGUUUGCUCUUGGGACGAUGACGACCGCGAGGUGGAGACGCUCUCUGGCCAACAGCCUGAAUGUCCUCACUGCGUUGGCGCGACGGAAGCGCGCCAGGAAAGGGGCAAGCGAGCCCUGGGCGUGGGCAAGCUGCGUCCCGACAUUGUGCUGUACGGCGAGGAGCACCCAAACGCCCACCUUAUCAGCCCCAUCGUGACGCACGAUCUCGCCUUAUAUCCGGACAUGCUGUUGAUCCUGGGGACCAGCCUCCGGGUCCACGGCCUCAAGGUUAUGGUCAGGGAGUUUGCAAAGACGGUGCACAGCAGGGGCGGCAAGGUUGUCUUUGUCAACUUCACCAAGCCACCAGAGAGCUCCUGGGGGGACAUUAUCGACUACUGGAUCCAGUGGGACUGCGACGCUUGGGUGGCCGAUCUCCAGGUGCGCAUACCAAAGCUCUGGCAAGAGCCGGAGCCGCCAAAGCCCAAGAAGAAGCGCGACUCGGGAGGAGGGGCUGCUGAAGAGGGCCGGGAAGAGAAGAAGAAGCCUCCCGCGCAGAAUCCUGUUGCGUUGCGAGACACCAAGGUGAAUGGCGCCUACUGCACAUUGAAAAUCCUCAAAGAGCUACGAAGGAUCACGGCCACUUCGCCUCCCCCGCCGUCGUCCCCUCCCCUCCCUAUCAUCCUUUCUCUUCCGCCUUCUCUAUCAACUCCUCCGCCUCCGUUGGAACGCGUCUCGGCUGCCGUCGCCACGGAGGCCAUCCCCAACCCCGACCCCCCGACUCCCGCUGAAGUGGCCCCCCGUGCCGCCGCUGUCAUGGAUCCUCCUACGCGGAUCAGCACGCCACGAAGCAAGGCUAAGCGACCACGCAAGUCAGCCCCGGGAGCCCUGGAAAGGCCCAAGAGAACGCCGUCGACACUGAAUCCUAAUCACGGUCGCUCCAAGAAACCUAUGGAGGAGGUCAAGGAGCAAGAGGUGCCCGAGACGCCUAGCCAGCCGCCAGUCAGCACGGUGGAAGAGUUCAGCUCCAUCCUCCACUCUGUCAAGUCCAAUCCUCGCAUUCGCAAGAGAAAGAUGAUUGACGGAGAGGAGUUUGUAUUCCCCACGAUUGGAAAGAAGCGUGGCGCGGUGGAUAGCCUGUACAAGGGUGCUGAGGACGACAAGAAGCAACUGCCCCCUCUACGUCCGGAUCCACUGGUGACGCUGCUUGAGAAAGCGCCCCAAUGGAAGGCGAUGGAGGUGAAUCACGGCGAGCUUCGACGCAACAAGCGCCGCAUUUCCAAGAGAUUUCUUCCGGUCCAGGUGCAGAUGGAGACCAAGGCCCAGGCCGAAGCUAAUGCCGCGCUUGCGCUGGCCGGCCUCAGGACGAAUAGUCACAUGGUGCCACAGGUUGCUCAUGCAGUGCCCGGCAAUGGCUAUACAGAGCUGGCCAACUGGGCGGCCACUUGGAGCUGCAAGAAAUAG